CAGUGGUGCCUUAUCCACUGAAAGCACGCAUUCUCCUCUCCGGGCGUGCGUUCUGGUUGUUUGGCAUGCGCUAACUGGGUCGGUCUGAAAGUUCAGCUGAUAGUGAGCGUGCGUUAGCUCCUCCUUUCGGAGAUCGCCACCAAUCCAAACGCGUGGUUUUGGCGGCACAGACGAUACGGCUCUGAGCGGAAAGUUUUGACGAACUGGGAACGCGGUUCCAGGCGGUUCCAGCCGGUUCAGCGCUUAAUAGGCUCAUUUACAGGGCUCUUGUUCGAGAAGGAACAUCACCAGAUCAAUAGUAAUGGGCGCUUGAUGGGAUUUCUCGGCGGCGAGGGAAGCAUAAGGCAGUGGUGGGCCAGUGAAGAGUGAAUCCCGUGCAGUGUGAGUGUAUGUUGGCUUGGCAAGUGCGAGAGUGGAGGGUUUUUUUGUGGUGUGGAUGGAGGCGUGGAGAGGAGCUGCUGGUGAGUUGGUGCGGCGUUGUCACUCUAGUUGGAGAGAUAUCUCAAGGUUUGGGAUGAUCUUUCCCGAGUUCCCGGCAUCUUGCACGCCUUAUUAGCAAACAUUAGUAUCGUUUUUGUUGCGGGCCAGUCAACAGCCUAUUGGAUGUGAUCUCUCAUCGCAAUCCCACAGUCUGUUCCUUCAUCGUGUGUGAGUGGGACGAACAUUUGGAGUGAAAUUGGACUCGCGUAGUUCCACUGCUUUGUAAGUGCUCCUCAUCGGAAACUGUCACAACAAGGGAUUAAGAUUAGUUCCUCUUAGUCUGGUGCCAAAGAAACGAAGAAGACAGAAGUUGUUAAUCGUGUGUUCAUCAUCGUAUUGGUUUUGUUCGUAAUCUGUGAAAGCGAGAAAGAGAGAAGGAAAGAGAGAAAGAAGGAAAGAAAGAAAGAGCGAGUUGAAGGAAGAAGCCCUUGAUAUGCUUGGAAGCUCGACCUAGAUAUCAGCAAUGACUCUAGCUGCGGAAACCAUGUCUGUAUUUCCGUCCUCAGUAGUCAAAUCGAGCAAGUCGUUGGGCUUCUCCAUAGACUCCAUUGUGGGUGCCAAGACCGGCACUUUCAAUUCCGAGUCCAGACUCAAGGACUCGCUUACCCUCACCCCCACUGAUCUCAGAAUCAAAGACAGAAGUCCGCCCUCGGGCGAGACCCGGGUUCACCGACCAUUUUCUCCGGCCGAAGACGACCACCCCCAUCACCAUCAUCACAAUCGUCAUCACCAUCACGAACAUGAUCGACAAAGUCGGAGUCGAUCUCGAAGUCCCCUGAUUGACCCCGAUCGUCAAUCCCCCUCCCCACAAUCCUCUUCCUCAUUGAAUCGACUAAGCAAUAGUGGGUCCCCGCCAACUUCGCCAUCCUUGGUGAGACCAAUCCCGUCGAUGCAUCCUGGUUCGAAUCUCCGCGAUUUGGCGGCAGGAUUCCCUGGGUUACCAUUGUCACAGUCAUACCUAGAGCAACUCGCCCACUUAAAGGCCAUCUAUGACCGGAGUGGCGAAGGAAAGUCGCCGCCUUGUUCGAUGCCCGGGGGAAUGUCGACCCCGGUCUCAAUACCUUCUUCCAUGUCUCAUGGACAUCCAUUGCAUCCAAACCUACCAAAUCACCUAAGCCCGGCGGCUGCCGCCAGUCUCAUGGGCCUUCCUCGGCCCCACUCUAUACCUCCCAUGUUUCUUGGAGGCGGGGGAGGGCCACCCCAAAUGGGACAACCGAUACCACGAGAGUAUCCUUUGUACCCAUGGUUUCUUACUCGAAACAGAUUCCCUGGAGGUCCCCAUCUCCCGGAGUUCCUGUUACCAUUCCGCAAACCAAAGCGAAUCCGAACUGCAUUCAGUCCUAGUCAGUUACUUAAAUUGGAGCAGGCGUUCGAGAAGAACCAAUACGUGGUCGGGGCUGAGCGGAAGGAACUGGCGAAGCAUCUCAAUUUGUCAGAAACUCAAGUAAAAGUUUGGUUCCAAAAUCGCCGAACAAAGCACAAACGUGAGCAACAAGAGCAGGAACAAAUGCAGCAUGGCUCGAAAUCCGGCUCUAGUAGCGCCAACAGCAGCAGUAACGGCGGAGGAUCAGCUGUUGAGAGUGGCGGCAAUGGCGGAGGAUCGGGAGGUGGCAGUGCCAAUGGACUGGGAAGCGGUGGCGGGAGUGGAGGCGCUUUUCGCGCAGGGCCGCCACCACCUCAAAUGAGCGCGGCGGAUUUCUCGCUCACCCAUUACGAGGAGGAUGACGGCAUUUCGGAUGAGGAGGAGAUCGACUGUGAUUCAUAAAGAUGACAUGAAUAAGUGGAGUGCGACCAAGUUCGGCUAUUUAUCUCGUUUCUAAUUAAUUUCAUGACACCCGAAGAACUUCGCAUCAUCAGUGUCUUCCCCAGCUCCUAAACCUCCUCCUCCUUGUCCUUGUCCUCCGACAAGAUUUUCCUCAUCGUCGUGUUUUAUUCAGCCUCCUUGUCCUCGUCGUCUUUUAAUCACUACCACGGUUCUAUACUAAACCAACACUCUUGCUCUUCUACCAGUUUGAAUUCAUCCUUCUCGCUUCAUUUUUGUGUCUAUUGUAUAGCAUAUAUUUAUUGUCAGAGACAUCUUUGGGUCUUCAAAGGGUGCAAUCACCGAAGGCCUGAAUCGUUAUGACCCGCCAACCAGGCCGCCUUGGUUGAAAGGGCGAAGGUGUUGUACGAGUCCAAGCAUUCUUUGGACUUGAGGUGAAUCUGCCAAAAAGUGAGACCAAAAUGCCCCAACCCAAGGCCCAUGCUGCCACUGGGAGCAGGCCCUCCAAUCUUGCCCCACUCAAACACAAUGAGCACAAUUGUGAGUCGCAAAUCGAGAAAAGAACCGUCUUAAGCCAACGUUAUCUUUCCAUAGAAUGUAAUCAUGAUUAUGUCUUUUAGCCAUUUAUUGUGCAUCCUGAAUAAAGAAAGACCUCUCCCCUGUCACCUCUGGUUCCA